UAUUCUUUUCUGUUAAGACCCCAACAGUGGAAAAAUUGCAUUUGUGGUGAGUUUAUAUUUAUAGUAUUUUUUAUAACCAAGAAAAGUCAAAUACUCAAUAUCCUUCUUUCUCUUCUUUGAUCAAAAUUUCAGAUUUAGUUGAAAAUUGAUGUAAUGGGGCAAUAUCAUGAGGCAGGAUCUGCAGUUAAAUUAGAGGAUGAAGAUUGCUCAUUUUUCGCUUAUCCGAAUCUGAUUAAUAAUCUCAGAGUUAAUGAUUACUUUCAUGACGAUUAUGAUCCGAAUUUGAUAAAUAAUCUUAGAGUUAGUGAUAAUUUUGUCAACAGGAAUGUUGAUAUUAGUCCAUUUCAAUCUGAUGUCGAACGAAAUACUUUAGUCCCAUCAACUGCAGAUGACUUUCAUGAGGAUUAUGAUUUCAGUGAUGGGGUUCUAAAGUAUAUAAAUCAGAUGCUUAUGGAAGAGGAUAUUGAAGAAAAGACUUGCAUGUUUCAAGAAUCUGCAGCUCUUCAAGCUGCAGAAAGAUCGUUUUACGAAGUUAUUGGAGAGAAGUAUCCUUCUUCCACAAAUCAUGAGAAAUCGUCCACUUUAGGUCAGAUUGAACGUUAUGCUAUGGGCCACUAUAGUGGAAAUGAUGGUCGUGAUGGUUUACUAUGCCCAAAUUGGAUUCUUGAUCUUGGUGAGGAUGAUGUGUCACUUGUUCCCGAUGAUGUUGCUUUGGAUUCAACUUCUCGGUCAUCCAACAGUUUGUCAGGCACUGUCCCGGAUGUGCCUGUGGAUUCUCCUGUGAGUACACUUAGGAUUCCUGACAUAUUUAGUGACGGAGAGUCUGUUAUGCAGUUUAAGAAAGGGGUGGAGGAGGCAAGUAAGUUCCUUCCUACAGGCAAUAGCUUGCUUGCUAGUGUGAGGUAUCAUGUAGUGGGAAAGGAGCUACGGUAUAAAGAGAGGAAAGAUGCAGUCGUAAAGGUUGACAAGUAUGGGGAAAAGCAAUAUACUGAAAGGUCGAGAGGGAAGAAAAAUACCUUUCAUGAAGAUGUAGUAGAUUUAACGGAAGGGAGAAAUAACAAGCAGUCUGCAGUGUUUUCUGAAUCAACUGUCCGAUCGGAAAUGUUUGAUAGGGUGCUGCUAUGCAGUGCAGGGAAAAAUGAAUCUGCUCUUCGUGAAGCCUUGCAGGCUAUAUCAAGGCAAAAUGCAUCGAAGAAUGGCCCUUCAAAGGGAUCUAACGGUAAGAAGUUACAACGAAAGAAAAAAGGGGGUAAAAGAGAUGUGGUAGACUUGAGAACACUUUUGACACUUUGUGCACAAGCUGUUGCUGUAGGUAAUCAACGGACCGCAAAUGAGCUUCUGAAGCAGAUAAGGGAAAGUUCUUCUCCUAUGGGGGACGGAAUGCAGAGGUUGGCACAUUAUUUUGCUGACGGUCUUGAGGCACGGAUGGCUGGUUCCGGUACUCAUAUCUAUAAAGCCCUUAUUACACGGCCUGUAUCAGCAGCUGAUAUCUUGAAAGCGUACCAUCUACUGCUUGCUGCCUGCCCGUUCAGGACUAUGUCUAGCUUUUUCUCAAAUAAGACAAUUAUGAAUCUAGCUGAAAAGGCUUCAACAGUACAUAUUAUAGAUAUUGGCAUUAUGUGGGGUUUCCAAUGGCCUGGCCUCAUACAACGUCUCGCUUCUAGACCAGGUGGACCUCCCAAGCUUCGUAUAACUGGGAUUGAUUUUCCAAAUCCUGGUUUCCGACCAGCAGAAAGGGUUGAGGAAACUGGUAGGCGGUUAGCAAAUUAUGCUGAGAGCUUCAAAGUUCCUUUUGAGUUCAAUGCUAUAGCGCAAAAGUGGGAAACAGUUAAACUCGAGGAUCUUAAGAUCAAUAAGGGUGAGGUUCUUGUGGUAAACUGUCUGUACCGUUUUAGGAAUCUGCUUGAUGAGACUGUGGUGGUCAAUAGUCCAAGAGAUGUUUUUCUGAAUCUUAUCCGGAGGUUGAAUCCAGAUGUUUUCAUACAGGGAACUGUAAAUGGUGGUUAUAAUGCCCCAUUCUUUAUCUCACGAUUCCGUGAGGCUCUUUUUCACUACUCAUCCUUGUUUGAUAUGCUUGAAACUAUUAUUCCCCGGGAAGUGCACGAGAGAAUGCUGGUUGAAAAGAAUAUACUUGGUCAGGAGGCAAUGAAUGCCAUCGCGUGUGAAGGUGCUGAGAGAAUUGAGAGACCAGAAACAUACAAGCAAUGGCAAGUUAGAAUUCUGAAGGCUGGUUUUCGGCAGCUUCCUUUGGAUGAGGAGAUUAUGAGAAUGACAACAGAACGAUUCAAGGUGUACGACAAGAAUUUCAUUAUUGACGUAGAUAGUGAAUGGCUACUGCAGGGCUGGAAGGGUCGUAUUGCAGUUGCACUUUCAACAUGGAAGGCAGCAUAUUGAAUUUGUUCUCAUUCAAGGAGCACAUUCAGCAGCCAUGAUAUACCCCUCUGCCCCUUUGAACAACGAGCUCAUGAACGGUACUCACUUUACCAAGUGCUAGUUAUUAAUUUGGUCAUUUCUUUUAACAAGCACAAAUGUGAAUUGCUAUGUUCAUAAAACUGCUUUGCUUAUGGGGGAGUGGAAGCAGAACUUCAUUUGCUGUCUUCCUCCCCUAACGCGUUGAACUGUGGCAUCAACAACAGGAGAGAGGAAUGACAAAUAGGCGAUAUGUGUAUUGGUUUCUCCUCGUUUAUAUUUUAUAUCAAACAUGUUAGUUAUAUGUAGCAUUUGUAAUGAUUUGUGAAGGUGUUAUAGGCUGGUAACUCUACUAAUAAAGGCGAGUUCCGACAUGCUUAUUCUUCAUUGGCUCUUCUUAUCACGCAUGAGUAGCAUUUUGAUAUUGAUGUUAAAUAUUUGAGCCGAGGGUUUAUUGGAACAGCCUCUCUACCUUUGAA